AAAGACCAUUUCUUGGUAGUGAACUAGUAGAAUUAAUAAUGUUUUUAUCUACAAUUAGAUAAAUUUUGUAAAUUUUUAAAACAUUUUUAUUAAUUAAUAUAAGAAGUUAUAUACUGUUAUGAUACAUUAACCGAAAAUAUUUGACCGAUUAAAUAUUAUUGUUUGAUAGUUAUUGAAAUAUGUAUAUAUUAAAAUAAAUAAUAAAUUUGAUUAUAAAUAUUUAUUAUAUUUUACAUGCAUAAAUAUUUUGAAAAUAUUUUUCAAGAACUGAUAAAAUAUUAUCUUUUCAUUAUUCACUACUUAUAAGAAAAUAUUAGCUAAUAAUUUGUUGACAAACAAAAAAGCUAAUAAUUUUAUUAUUUUAACUGAAUAAAAGAAUAACUUUUCGAUGUCAAAAAAAAAAAUAGCUAAGAAUUUUAUUAUAUUUUAAUUGGAUAAAAGAAUAAAAAAUAAAAAACAGAGAUAACGUUAGGACCAGAAGAAGAAGAAAAGAUUAGAAGAGAGCAGUAAGUAAUGGCGACAUCGGUUGCGACUCUAUCUUCUCCGCCACCAGUUACUCUGCAUCUCUCUUCAUCUCGCUCUUCCUUAUUCUCCAACUGUUUCAUAGCGACCACCCGAAGACCAAAGACCCGUUCUUUGGUGGCGAUUCGACCGGAGCAGAGGAGAAAGUCGCUCACUUGUAAUGCCCUGUUUGGUCUCGGUGUCCCUGAGCUUGCUGUGAUUGCUGGCGUCGCCGCGUUGCUUUUCGGACCUAAGAAGCUUCCUGAGAUUGGCAAGAGUAUUGGCAAGACCGUCAAGAGCUUUCAACAGGCUGCAAAAGAGUUUGAGUCUGAGCUUAAGACGGAACCUGAAGAUUCUGUUGCUGGCUCGUCGUCUCCAGUAGCAAUGAGUAACAAGGAAGAGGAAAAAACUGAGGCUUCGUCAAGCUCAAAGGACAAUAAUGUAUGAAAGAAUGAUGAGACUUUUUUUUUUGCUUUUUCUGUAGUUAAAUGAGUUUAGAUCAAAUACUCUUUGUUGAAGGAAGCAGGCUUGUCUUCCUAUGAAAUAUGGUUCCAUGGUGUUUGAAUCUAUAUAAUCAUCUUCUUAAGAAGAAAGAAAACCUUGCAAAACU